GGAUACCGUCAUAAAUACAGAUUCUCAAAUACGGAACAAAUUUAAACGUUAUUAUUUUAGAUAUAUUAUUACAGUCAUACCAUCGAGUACUACCAGAGGAUCUCCCUUUUCACAUCGCACAAUACACCAACGGGAGAGGACCCCAUCCUUCCCCCUGUCGAUCGCACUAAGUACUUGGUACAUACUGUGAUUCUUUAUCACAUUCUGUUUGCAUAUUCCAAGGGCCAUUGCAUGCUCUCAACGGAUGAUCGCAUAAUUCCACACAAUCACGACCCUUGGUCCCAGUUGUUUGAAAUCUCACUGUGAAUCUAAAGUCCUGUUAAAAUGUUUUGUCUUCGAAGUUGGCUUCCACUCCUCUUCAUUCCUACGAAUGCAUCUCCAAUCUUCAUCUUCCUCUUCUUCAUCUGCACCUACUUUCUCAAUCGCCCCUGCGUUUACUGUUCAAUUCUCCUACUCAUCCUCUUCGCCUCCUCCUGUCACUGGGCCGAUCACUGUUUCUUCGACUUUAGUAGUAACUGGUUCUUACCUCGUUCCUCAUCCUAUUCUUCCGCAGAGAUAAACAAUCAAACAGCCCUCUCGAACGAAACUAUAGACAAUGUUUUAAUGUAUGCCGGAGCUUUCAAUAAGACCGCAAUAGCAUUAGCAGGCACAGCAUUAGAAGAUGCGAAGAGAAAUCUGGCCAGCAGAGAAUGGACGGGUAUUGGAGUCGAAUGGUUGAGAAAUUUACUGGGGAAGAGAGAGUGGAGGUUGGAGUGUGUGGAUGUGUAUAUCAGGCUCUGAUGUCUCCAACUUCUUCACUGAAAUAUAAAGGGAGAGGAUGGUAACAUCAUGUUCGGAGGUAUAAUGGAAACUAGACUGUUUAUAUUUACAAUACUUUGAGGAGUCGUGGGAAAGAAACAUAGCGGUAUUAUCAUGGGAAAGAAAGCUCAUGUGGGUCUGCCAUGAGGAUGGCACUGGUCCGGUUUACAUUUUGGGAUUCGGAUUAUUUGGCAUAGGUCAUCGGAGCGAGGUGUUGGUAACUUGUAUACUUAUAUAAGAUUCAGUGGGCGUCUUGUACAAGCGUAUUUUGAUAUUGCAAAUUAUUUCGACAAGUCACAUAACA